UUUAACCUCUGCUUUUUUUGUGAAAACGAUCGUGCACGUUUAGCAAGGAGCAAUAAUCCCUUCGAUUUACGGUCGAUGAAUCAAAAUAAUCCCGUAAAUUUGCGGAACAACCAGGAAACAAAAAAUGAUUUAUUACGAGUAGAAAAUAAAAUAGACCGAUUACAAGAACAAAUCACUCAAUUAAUCGAGCUACAAAAAGAAGAUCAAAAGCGAAUUAAGAAUUUGGAAAACGAACUAGAAAUUGAGAGAAAACAUUCUAAAGAUAUUGAUAGUUGGUAUAGAAGAAUGUUAGAUAAUAUGAUAGGUAAUGAAAAAGGAAAGAGCUAG